CCAACAGCCAGCGCCGCCGAACCGGGUCAGCCUACUGUGAAUCUGCUUCGCGUUCGAACAAUUUUUCAUCUCGCGCCGGUUCAAUUUGUCGCAUGGAUGGUCCUGUCAAUAUCUCGUAGUACGAUUACAAACUCUCCGGCGGCAUAGGGAACGACACAAAUCACAAUGGCGUUCCUGUUCAAAUCGAAAAAGAGCGAGAAAGCUUCGUCGAGCCUGCCGCCUGCGAGUCGAAAUAUCCACACAUCCGAUGGCACUCCAGUGUCGCAGCAGACACAGGGUGGAAAUGCAGACAGAGCCGCCAUCGAGAGACCGAUGUCUCCUCCAACCAACAUUGGUGCAAACGACUCCAUCAGCUCCAUGGGAUCGAAUCUGCCUAAUGGCGUCCCAUAUCCUCGGUCGCGCGAGAGAUCAGAAUCAGAAUCUGGGCCACGACCCGCGACUCAAUCUGGUCCAAUGACCCAAGUGCCAAACGCCGCUUUGUAUCCUUGGUCGCAACGAAAAUUGAACUUCCCAACUCCACAGGCCAAUCCGUUCCCUCGAUAUGGCGCAGCAGUCAAUGCGAUCGCGUCGAAGGACGGCGACAUCUACGUGAUGGGAGGUCUGAUCAAUGGCUCCAUGGUUCGCGGCGACCUAUGGAUGCUUGAAACUGGUGGCGGUAGUCUCUCGUGUUUUCCCAUUGCGACUGUCUCUGAAGGGCCCGGUCCGCGUGUCGGGCACGCCAGUUUACUUGUGGGCAAUGCUUUUAUUGUUUUCGGCGGUGAUACCAAGAUGGACGAUUCUGACGUGCUUGAUGACACUCUGUACUUGCUUAAUACUUCUUCUCGACAAUGGUCAAGGGCAUCGCCACCGGGCCCCAGACCUGCCGGACGCUACGGGCAUACGCUUAAUAUUCUAGGCUCCAAAAUCUACAUUUUCGGUGGCCAGGUUGAGGGAUACUUCUUCAACGACCUGGUAGCUUUCGACCUCAAUGCGUUGCAGAAUCCCACAAAUCAAUGGGAAUUCUUGAUUCAAAACACAGAAGAUGCUCCCCACCCGAAACCCAAGGUACCACCUCCGAGAACGAAUCAUACGGUCAUCAGCUACAACGACCAGCUUUACCUUUUCGGAGGCACGAAUGGAACGCACUGGUUCAACGACGUCUGGACGUACAAUCCGGCAACUAACUCAUGGACCCAGCAAGACUGUAUAGGAUAUAUCCCAGCACCGCGAGAAGGCCAUUCCGCGGCCUUGGUAAACGACGUGAUGUACAUUUUUGGCGGCAGAACCGAAGAAGGAACCGACUUGGGUGAUCUUGCUGCGUUCCGUAUCACUUCGAAGAGGUGGUACACUUUCCAGAAUAUGGGUCCUUCUCCGUCACCGAGAUCUGGUCAUAGCAUGACCUCAUAUCGAGACAAGAUCAUUGUUCUUGGUGGUGAGCCCAGUUCGGCUCCGCGCGAUCCAGCUGAACUGAGCAUGGUCUAUGUUCUCGACACCGCCAAAAUUCGAUACCCGAACGAUGCGCCUGCCUCAGACAUGAAGGGCCCUAACAGCCCUACCAGAAGACCGAGUACGGACGUCAAGAGUAUUCUGCCACCAAAUCGAUCCACGUCGAGAGAGGGACAAAGGAGCACCUCCCGCGAGCAGUUCUAUGGUGGGCCCGUUCAGCGAGCAGAAGUAGCUCCAAGUCCCUCACAAGCUUCGCGCCUACCCCAACCCCGUGCGUCUAUGAAUCAGGCACCCGCAGGUCCACCGCCACAAAACCAAGCUUCGGCGCCUCGAGUCAAUGGGGUGCAGUCGCCGGCCAAUGGUCCAAAGGGUAGGCUUAAUGGGCCUCCUCCGAUAGACACCAGGGGUCCGCCGACAGGGCCCGAUUCCGUUCGAAAUAUUCCCACAGAGACGAUGGUCCAGGCUCCAUCCAUUAGAGAGGUGCAGAAAGAGAACAUCAGACCUAGCCGAGAGGGAAGUCCGAGUACUCAUGGUCGACGGACACCUGUUCAGCGGACGGAGAGCAGAGCAAAGGCCAUGGAAGCUGGUGAAGCUGCUCCCUUGGUGAGCAGUGGGGUUGCCAGACAACGGUCCCUACGCUCUCAGCGAACCCAAGGCUCCAUUGACAGCACGGAAGAUGGUGUUCUUGGCCGAUCUUCAUCUGCUCGCCACCAUGGUGAGGCUGCAGCUGAAGCCAGGAGGAGCAUUCUCGACGAACCAAAGUCGCCUAAGCUCAACGCUCACCAGGAGGCUCUGGUCAAGGAACUAGAAGCUGUGAAGAAGUCAAACGCCUGGUACGCCUCGGAACUAGCAUUGGCUCGGAAGCAAGGUUAUCAAGCUGCAGGAUCAUCAAGUCCAACUUUCGAUGAUCGUGCCGUCAAUCAAGUUCCAGACGAUGAUCGGCCGUUGAUGGAAGCAUUCAUGAUGAUGCGAACAGAGAUGAUUAGGAUGCAGGAAGCUAUCGAAGCACAAUCCUCGUCAAUGGCGAAGCGCGUUGCCGAGGUUGAGCACCAACGCGAUGCAGCCGUCACCGAAGCUGCAUAUGCCAGGGCCAAACUCGCAGCUCAUGGUGGAAGCCAGCGGAGCACGCCUCAACCCGACUCUGCGCACGAGCCUGAUGAGCAGGAACGCUUCACAGACCUCACCCGGCGAUUGGCGUUGGCUUUGGGAGCACAAUCUGAGCACAAAGCCAGAUUGGAAAGUCUUAUCAAUGACCUCAACUCCGAGAGACAAGCCCGCGAGCUUGCCGAGCAACAGCUGGAAGCUUCACAGGCUCGGUACGAGGAGUCAAGCAAGAGCAGGAAUCCUGGAGAGCUUGAUGCUCUACGAGCGGAGCUGCAUGAAGCUCAGAGUUCGGCACGGGCGGAGGCAGGAAGGAGACUCGAACUCGAAGAGGAACUGCGUAACCUUCGUGUCGAGCAUGACGGCCUCAAGAGCACGCAUGAAGAUACCUCCUUACGUCUCGAGAGUCAUCUCGCUUCGAUGGCGGCUCUGGAGGCGGCUGUAGCUGCAUCAAGCGACAAGACGAGCAUGUAUGAGCGGCAAAUCGAAGAUGAACGUCGUCAAAGAGAGACUGCAGAGCGCAAACUUUCACAACUCAGAGCCGAGCAUGAAGAAAGAACUACCGAACUCGAAAACACAUCGAAACGCCUCCGCGACACCGAAGAGCUCGCCGAUACUCAUGCCAAAGAAGCGGCAACCCACCGCGAGGCUUUGCUUGCUGGCCUUGCCAAGGUAUCUUCUCGGGACGUAAAUUCGAGGCAGGAAUCGCUUUCUGACCAGAAGAUGGAAGCCCUGAGAGCUACAGCGGAUCAAGCUUCAGCAUUGGCUAGACGGAAUCAAGAUGCGGCCGACAAGGCAGCGCAGAAGCUACGUACUGCUGAGGAGAGGAUCGCAGGACUCGAGGCAUACCAGGAGCAGUCUAACAGAGAAGCCCUCCAGAUUCGUCGGCAAUUGCAGGCGGCGAUGCGAGAUGCCCAAGCACACCAGGCCGAAGUUCGUGAGUUGCGAUCGAAUCUUGAGAUCAAUCAACGAGACGCCAGCGCGCUUGCUGUUCAACACCGUGCACUCAAAGAUCUUUUGGGUGCUCGCGGCAUCAGUGCUUCUGACAUGAGACGAUCACCUGUCUUUGAUCAGUCGCCAAACUCACGUUUUGGGACGCCAGAACAGACACGUUUGAGAGAGCUUGAUCAACAAUUGCAGACUAGCAUCAAGGCUCAUGAGGAGACGAAGAGUCAAUUCGAGUCUCGCAUGCAGGAAGCCGACAGCACUUACAAGGAGAAACUGGAGCAGCUCGAGAAUGAUUAUCAGUCUGCGGUCCACUACGUAAAGGGCACAGAGAAGAUGCUGAAGAAGAUGAAAGAGGAACUGACCAAAUACAAGACUCAAAAUUCUCAAUUGACGAGUGAACUCGAAUCUGCGCGGAGCGCAAGCGCCGCGUCGGAGAGAGCCGUGGACACUUCGGCAUUGGAGACAGAGCGAGCGCAAUUGCAAUCGUCCAUGCAAGAGAUGAAGAGCCAAACAAGCCAGCAGAUCAGCCAGCUGCAAUCGAACAUCGACUCCCUCAACUCCAGUCUUGCUUCGAUGCAAGGAGAACGUGAUCGACAAAAGGCAAGCUUCGAUCAGCUCGCGCAAUCUACCCAACGAUAUGGUAAAGAGCUGGAACAACUCAAAGCUGAGAAUUCGAUGCUUGAGAAACAGGCCCACGAGGCAGAGAACCGAGUCACCAUGUUGCUUGACCAACUUGGUCAAUCGGUAGGCAACUAUCGACGACAGUCACAAUUGCAGCCGCUGCCUAAUGGGAUCGGUCACAGCCGCGAGGAGAGUAAUUCGACAUUGACGGAUGUCUCGGUUCACGAUGACUUGUCACGGGAUGAAAGAGGCUCCGUGGCCUUGGACAACCUCGCGUCAGAGCUCGAGACUUUGAGAUCGCAGUGGGAAAAUACCAGCCGAAACAACUACCGGAGCAGCGCACAGUUUGAAUCCGAAAGAACUCCCACCACAGAGGUGCAUACUGAGCUCAGCGAUAACCUGGCCAGCUGGAGGAGAAGGCUGGAUGAAGAGGAAAAGAGCGCCAGAGGGACGGCUGUUGCUUGAUCCUGUGCUGUCGAUACUCGAGCCUUGAGCCUUUGUCAUGUUUUUGUGCAAAUAAAUUAGUUCUUAUGUUGGCAUUUUUGGGAGUCGGUUCUGAAGAAGAAACCAUGCUUGAAGUGAAGGAAUGACAGUGACGAAAAUACGGGGUUUUAUUAGUUUGAGAAGCUGUUCUACUGGAUAGCAGCUCAAUGUAAGGUAGUUUACUAUAACAUUACUGUUGAGGCUCUCCUGAUCCUGGUGGGAAGGGCAAUGUUAAGCAAACCCAUGAAG